UUCUGCCACAGCAAACUUAUAAAUGGGCGAAAAAUGCUAAAUUAAGCAACUUCCAAUAGUUACUUUGGCGAAAAUAGCAUAGUUCAUGAUUCCAAUAAACGACUUAUGGUAUGACUGUUGAAGUAAUAUAAACAAUUAAUAAAAUAAACAAAAAACCAUAGGAGAAGAAACAGGUGCAAGUCCUGAUUUUCAUGCAUUUGGAUGUUGAUGCUGGUGUCACACAUAAAAACGCACACAAAUACAUAUACAGGUCAAAAUUGGAGCAAGCCUCUUAAUAUAGGAUUUUCAGCAUAAAUUCUCAGCGCAAAAAAAUAAAAUGUGGAAGUGUCAUAAAUGUGGAAAGCCCGUCUAUUUCGCGGAGCGUAAACAGUCUUUAGGCUAUGAUUGGCAUCCCGAAUGUUUACGCUGCGAGGAGUGUGGCAAACGUUUGAAUCCCGGACAACAUGCUGAGCAUAAAGGUGUGCCUUACUGUCAUGUACCAUGCUAUGGAGCCCUAUUUGGACCACAAUUGUUUGGGCAUGGUACUCGUGUAGAAUCUCAUAAAAGUUUUGGCAAUAAAACUUUUCAAAGACCUGGACAGCAAAAUGGUCCAUCUUUACCCAGAGAUCAUUUGGAAUCAAAGUUAAAGGUCUAUAAUCAAUUUUACGACAAUAAAAGCAUGGAAGUGCGUAGCAGAGAAGUUAACAAUCGUCUAAUUCUCGAAGGGGCCUUGCGUGUAUAUUGGGGUGUUCAGGGUGUUAUUCAUCUUAAGGAAGACGACGACCAACGUACCUUUGUAGUGCGCAAACGUAACUCGUGUCGUAUGUCAAAAGCAGAUUCAUCGGACAAAGAGAACAAUGAUGGUAGUGAAUCAUUAGAUGUUGGUACAACAACCAGUGACCAGGUCGAUGCCAUAUCAACAGACAUAUCACUCACCGAAAGUAUGUCAUUCGAUUCGUGUAGUUUAAAUGAAUUUCCUGAUCUACCAACUACACCAGAAGAAGCCUCUGCCAACACCACGGGUACUCAAAACAUAACAAAUGGCGGAGAUGGUGGAGUUGCAAAUGGUAACGAGGUUGAUACAUCUUCGACCAAUACAUCCACCCUAUGCGAUGAUCAAUGUUCAUCUUUGACAACGACGAACACAUCAACAACUACAAAUGGUGUUAGCUCAACACUGCCUUCAAAACUGGAUAAAUUAGUGAAAUUGGAAUGGGAUGAAAUUGAUGAUCUAUUGCAGGUGGAAAGGCGUGUCAGUGAAAAGGAUAAAAUCUAUGAAACUAUGCCGGUGCGUUUGCCCUCAACAUCACCCCAAAACUCAUCGUCGUCGUCCCCAACAUCGGACAGCUCCAAAACAGUUUCCAAUCAAAUGAGUACAGAUACAACAAAUCUCGAAGAUAUAACUUCCUCGAAAAAUUCAACAACAUCCUCCUCACCUGUUUCAUCACCUUCAUCGGCCACAACUUCUAAUAAUACCACUUCUUCGGAUAACUUCUUAACGGCCACCGGCUCUAUGGCUACCACCACAAGCAGCACAAGGGAUACCACCACCACCAAUGCCACCACUUCCACUACCACUGUAGAUAAUUAUGAAACCUCCGAUGAUGCCACUUUGAAACCCAUGGACUUUGAAGAUUUCAAACGUAGCGUUCAUCAGGACUACGUUAAUGGUGCCAACUCAUUUCAAGAACCCAAUGAUGAUACGUUAAAACGUAAUCAACCAAUAGAUCCAUCACGCAUACACGAUUCUCUGAAGCUUUACAGCCAUGCCUCUGGCGAUAAUCCAAUGAGUAAAAGUUUUAAUUGUGAACACGCUUUGCGCUCCAUUGAUGCCACAUUUAUCAAUGAUACUUUGGCAUUGCGGAUGUCUGAAAGUGGUUCACCACAAAAGCGUUCCCCCUAUGUUUUGCAAAAGAGUGGUUCUGCGCAGGCGCAACUUAUUACAAAUGGACGUUUUGAAAAGGGUAUAAAUCGAUCAAAGUCGGGGCCAUCAUGCAUGGCAGCAUAUUCAUCCAGUGAUGAUGACGAUGAUGAUUCUACGCUGAAACCACAACGUAGAUCAGCAAACCAAAUCGGUCCUGGCGAUCACAUUUCGGCAACAAUACGUAAAAGUGAUAUACCACCACGAUUUAUACAAAUCAAUAUGAAUUGUUAUCCCAAAGAAGGUGGCGGGCAGGGCAGUAGUGAAUGUGAUUCGAGUCGGCAGGGAAAUGCUGGCCAGUCGUCAACUUCACAAAGUGGUGCAGCGGCUGGUGAUGAGUUGACCCAGUCGGAAGAAAUGUUUACGGCCACAGCAGGUGAUAGUAGACCAAGCAAUAAAGGAAAAUAUCCGGAACAUUUGGAUGACGACGAUCAGCCUUUGCAUGUGACCGAAGAUGGCGUGGUAUUGCGAAGGCCACCACGUACUGGUGCUGCAGCCAUCAAAAGACGUAGUGGCAACAGAAGAUCCCGCACAAAACUAAAACGUCGCUGUUCCAUUAACGGUCACUUUUAUAAUCGUGAAACAUCAUUCUUUACUCCACCCUAUGGUUCGCAAAUGUCCGUAUGGGUAACAUCACUGGUGACAACACAAGAAGUAAUCAAUUUACUUUUGGAAAAGUAUAAAGUUGACAGCCCUGCUGAGAAUUUUUCCUUAUUUAUAAUACGCGACAACGGUGAACAGAAACGUCUCAAAGAGAAUGAAUACCCAUUGAUUACGCGUAUUAUGCUUGGACCCCAUGAAGAUGUAGCCAAACUAUUUCUAGUUGAUGCCAAGAAAACCGAUGAAAUAAGCAAUGAAGUUGCUCAAUUUUUAAAUUUAUCACUACCCGAAUGUCGUGCAAUUCUAGAACGUUACGAUCAGGAAUUGGACCGUGAAGUAACCAAAGUUAAAGAUAAAUAUGCUGAAUUACGUCGCCGUAUUGUUGCACGUAUGGAAUCUCUUAAGGUUCACUUAUAAAUUCCUUUUUUUUUUUUCAAAUAUGUACUUGUAUUUCCGUUUGCAAUCAUUAUACUUAUACAAUUAAUUCUAAAAUCCAAUUUUCCAUUUACAAAACCCCAGUAAUAUAAGUUAUCCACUAUGCUGUCGUCUAUGUUCUUCUUUAUAAUAAUUUUUUACAAUUAUGUUUAAGCCCAAAUGUUCUAUGUCCCCUUUUACCACAUACAAACAUACACAGCUACAUUAUGCUAAUAUUGUUAUAACACAAUUGCCAAAAGUGUGCAUUUUAUUUUGUAUUUCACAGUAUUUUGAAAAGAAAGAAACAAACCAUUUCGAACAAUCAAGUGUCAUUUUACAUUUUUUUAAUUAAUUUUUAAAUUUGUUUAAUCUAAUUGAUUUUUUAUUAGUUAAUAAUAUAUUUUAUUUUUUUCUACGCAAGAUAUUAUUGUUUUUCUCUUUCUUGAUUUGAAACAUAUUUUUUAUCUCGAUUUACCGUCAAUUCAAACAAUAUCUCAACACCUAUACUAAUCCUCCUUUAAAAUACAAAGAAAAAAAUCUCUAAAAAUUGUUAACAUAAAUCAAAAAACCCAAGAAUAUUGCAAAUAUAAAUUAUUGACUAUUGCAAACUAUUUAAUUUCACGAACAAAAAACAAAGAGAAUCACAAACAAUUGGUCUGAAUUUCAAUAAUAGUUUAACGAAUUUUUUU